AGCCGCGGAGUCCGAACGGGCGAGUGUGCUGCUGCUGCUGCUGCUGCUGAUAGAGCCGGAGCUUCGUGGAGAAGCGCGCGGGCGAGGCACGAGUCGCGCGUCGUGUGAACGGGCAUUUCAGCGCAGGGAGGAGGAGGGAGGCGUGGUUUACUCCUGUCAGCGUCCCGUCUGAACAAGGGAAGGCCUCCCGCGGAUCUCGGCCAUGAGUUUCCUGAGCCUGCAGCAGCAGCCGGUCGCGGGGCCGCGGCGCCUGACGGCGCGUGGGACAGCGGCCCCGAUCCGGCAGAAGCUGCUUUUUUCGGGCGGCGGGAGCGACUGCGAGGAGGAAGAAGAGGAGGAAGAAGACUGCUACGAGGAGGAGGAGGAAGGUGGCAGCGGCAACAGCACCGGGGAAGACUCCGCUUUCCAGGAGGCCGACUCCCCGCUUUCCGUGAGCCAUACCCCGGCUCGGCGCAGGGAGCCGCCGCCGCCGCGAUCGCCCGAGGAGGUGGCGAUGGAACUGGCGCCUCCCGCGCUGCCGGGCGACGAGGGAGACUCGUGGGAAGAGGAGGGCUUCGGCUCCUCGUCCCCCGUGAAGUCGCCCGGAGCCUACUUCAUGGCCGGCUCGCCGCCGUUGAAAGGUCCCCGGGGCUGCUGCGGCCGAGCGUCGCCGCCGCGCUCCCAGGUGCUACCGUGCCGGGGCCACCAGGGUCCCGCUUCUGUGCUGCCCGAGUAUCCCGACACCCCGCCCCACAAGACUUUUCGCAAACUGCGCCUCUUCGACACCCCGCACACGCCGAAGAGUUUACUUUGUAGAGCUGAAGGAAUGGGAUCAAGUUCAGCUAAACUCCGAGGUGGAUCUCUCUUUAUGAAUGUUGGAAAACUAGUAAAACAGGAAUCUGAUGUGGGGCAAGCACCUCAUGUGAACAUUAAUCCCUUCACUCCAGACUCGCUCUUCCUUCAGUCAUCAGUUGGGCAGUGCCGUAGGAGAAAGAGAACACAUUGGAAUGACUCCUGUGGUGAAGAUAUGGAAGCAAGUGAUGGAGAGCCUGAAGAUGAAACUACAAGACCUGCCAAGCGGAUCAGCAUAACAGAAAGUAAUAUGAAAUCACGAUAUGCAACAGAAUUUCAUGAAUUGGAAAAGAUUGGAUCUGGAGAAUUUGGUUCAGUAUUCAAAUGUGUGAAAAGGCUUGAUGGUUGCAUCUAUGCAAUAAAGCGUUCUAAGAAACCCUUGGCUGGCUCAAUUGAUGAGCAAAAUGCUCUUAGAGAAGUCUAUGCUCAUGCAGUUUUGGGACAGCAUUCACAUGUAGUCAGAUAUUUCUCUGCCUGGGCAGAAGAUGAUCAUAUGCUUAUACAGAAUGAGUAUUGUAAUGGUGGAAGUUUAGCUGAUGCUAUAAGUGAAAACUAUAGAAGUAUGCGCUAUUUCAGUGAACCAGAAUUGAAAGAUUUGCUUCUACAAGUUGCCCGUGGUUUAAAGUAUAUUCAUUCAAUGUCCUUGGUGCACAUGGAUAUAAAGCCCAGUAAUAUCUUCAUAUCUAGGACUUCGAUUCCAACUACUAUAUCUGAGGAAGGUGAUGAUGAUGAAUGGUCAUCUAGCAGGGUUGUUUUCAAAAUAGGUGACCUUGGUCAUGUAACUAGAAUAUCUAGUCCACAAGUAGAAGAAGGAGAUAGUCGUUUCCUUGCCAAUGAAGUUUUACAAGAGAACUACAAUUACUUGCCAAAAGCAGAUAUUUUUGCUCUUGCAUUAACUGUGGUGUGUGCUGCUGGUGCCGAACCACUGCCAGCCAAUGGGGAUCAUUGGCAUGAAAUUCGACAAGGAAAACUCCCUAGAGUUCCACAGGUCCUUUGUCAAGAGCUAUUAGAGUUACUGAAGCUUAUGAUAAACCCUGAUCCAGAGAAAAGACCCUCAGCAGUAGCUCUAGUCAAGCAUUCUGCAUUGUUAUCUACUGCCAGAAAGAGUGCUGAACAACUACGAAUAGAACUGAAUGCUGAAAAGUUUAAAAACUCUUUGUUGCAGAAGGAACUUAAGAAAGCACAAAUGGCAAAAGCAGCAGCAGAAGAGCGAGCUCAAAUUACAGAUCGAAUGACAACUAGAUCUACAGCACAGACUAGAACAACUCGUCCUAAUGGAAAGAAAAUGAACCGUUCAGUUAGCCUGACAAUAUAUUGAAUUGGCUGUUCCAGAAAACUUUCAAGAAGAUUGUGGAAUAUUGCUGGACUAGUUAAGGAGAGGAAGAGGAUUCUGUUUCUUUAAAUCACUGUCACUGGUGUUAUAAAGAAGUCUUUUACCAUUUUAAUUUUGCCAAAUGCAGUUAAAUAACUGUAGAAUCCAGGCUUCCUAUGAGUGGCACUAUGCUCAUUGAGGUCUCUCACCACAGGAAGGAGCAAAUGUGAUUUUUCACCAACCCUCCCUCCCUCCCUGCAGCUCCUUGAAAAUCUGCUUCAGAGGAUAUAGGGACCCUCCAGAACAUUGUGGGAGGUGGUGGGGGAGCUGUGGGUGGAAUUGGAGAAAAUUUCUGCUUUUGUCCAGCAGAAGCCUCCAAUGGGUAUCAGGCUUUUCUGUGAAUGGAAGAAACUCUUCUGUUGCAGAAUGUCAAGUCUGGAUCUGACCCAAUGUGUCCUCCUGCUCCUUAAAGAAACCAGGACGCUAACUUUCAAGCCUUUUAGUUACACUGAGUUACCAUCCAAAGUUAACCACUAUAGUGGUUUGCUGCUUCUCAUUCUUAAUGCAUUUCAGGGGAAAGGCCUUUUCCUAGUAGUCUAAUGGGCUUUUUUUGGGUAAACUACUCAAUUUGGAAUGCAGGGAAGAAAUGACAUGGGAGAGGCCAAAGGCCAACAGGCUGAACCAUACCUGGUGUCAGGUAAACUAUUGUGAAUUUUACUUGUGUAUUCAACUUGGAGCACUUUGUUAGGCAUUGCGUAGACCACAGGAAAAAGCCUGUGGAAACAUGCCAUGUGAAACUGCUGCUAUUUUUAGUUUGUAUUUGCUGUCAAACUGUAGCAUUAAAACAAUCAUUGUGUUAGUGGGCUUUUAAAAAAAAAUUAUGUGAAAAAUAUCAAAGCUGCCCUGCUGAAAGGAGCUUCAUUCUCUGAAGCUAGUGUAUUGUGUACAGAGUCAGUGCACCAAUUUUAUAUUUGAAUUACAUUAUUAGUGUAAAUGUUUGUUUGUCAUUCUUUCUAAUAAAGUUCUCCAAAAGUUAAUUCCUCCCCUUCACCUCAUCUUCCCUCAAGUGUUAAUAUUUCAGUGUACCUGUUGGCAUAUUUUUAGAACUUGUAAAUAAGUAUACUGUUACCAUUUUCAAACUGAAUGUAUAAAAGUGUUAUAGUGUACAAUACCGAAAGCUGUAGUUUGAGACAUCAGAAGCUCCAGCUAAAAUCUAUUUCAAUUUUAGUUGCAAAAUUAAUAUAAUUGGCCCUCCUAAUGAUCUGUUCUGAUAUUGCCAAAAUCGAUGUUACAAAUUACAGGCUUUUUGGCUUAAACCAAUGUUUUCUAUUUGAAUGUUUAACUUUGUUCUUAAUUAGUAUUGAAUCAAUUAUUAAAGUGGCAUUUUGA